AUGAUGCAAAUGAUGGCUUCGCAACAGGUUCCUGCGCGUGCUUCGAGCCGUUUGCCCGGUCGCAGCCUGUCAUAUGCGUUCUCCAAAGGUGGCGCUGAGACCACCCGCCUGAUGAACGUAGUAAACAUUCCAAUGCAGGGCAGCGUGGUGGUGAAGAAGAUGACGGCCGCUGCCAAGGUCGAAAGUGACAGCGCUCGCUCGCAAACGCGAGGCACCAAGACAGCCGAGGUUGGAUUGAUCGUCAAGAAAUUCCUCUCUAAUGUCGAGGGGCUGGAUAUUCAGAUGAAGGACAAGGAGAAAGAGAAACUGGGGCUGGGGGCGACGCCAGGAGACUCAGCGCCACAGGCUCCCAGCGAUGCCCAGCUGCAUCAGUCUGACGCACGUGACCAGGAUGGCAAAGCAAGCGACGCAGACAAGGACACAGCUGAGCCUGAGGAUCAAGCAGCGGGUGAGCCAGCAGCCAAAAAGGCAAAGAUCGGGAAAGCUGAGCGCAAGAGGUCCUUGUUCAAAGGCUAUGAUGAGGAGCGUGCUUCCUACAGCACGAUAGCCCUUGCCACGUCAGGCGAAUCGAGGCCGAUCACAGCCCUGGACGACAUCAUGGCUGCUUUGCAGUUUGUCGUCCGCAAGAUGGGCAGCAUUGCAGAUGAGUCGAAACUCCUCGCGUCCUAUGCAUUCUGCUUGGGGCUUUUCUUCGAAUUCGCCUGGCAAGGACGCGUGAGCCUCAACGGAAGAGAAUUCCGCCAAUACUCGGCUCUACGCACUGAAUUGCAACAGGCUAUGCUUGACGCAAAUGACCUCCUGCAGGCGUGCUUUGCUUCACCUUCCGAUGCGCAAGGGCCGGGACCGGGACGUACAGGCAAGGACAAGAAGCAGAGCAAUGUCUCACCGUUGGAGCUGGCUCAGAUGCUGUGCAAGAGCUUUCACUCAUUGCCUGUGACACAGGUUGUCUGGGGGGAGGAAGAUGCCGAGGAGCAGACCAUGAAGAACAUCCUUGUAGUGAUGCUGGAACAGCGUGAGGCGCUCGUGGAGCCACUCACAAGCUUCCUCGCCAAGGAUUUGCCGCUCCCUUUGGUGAUGCACCAGGCGGUUCAGACGUCCCUGAAGCAGAUCGCGACGCUGCCUGCAGACAGCAACCGUCAGCUUGUAGAUGUGCUCUCCAUUGUGUUCGAUACCAUCUCGGAGUAUGUUCCCUCAUCUUGGAUGGGAUUUGCGUUUGACUGUGUUGGAGCGCACGCUGACCAUGGUCACUUCGUAGAAAACACCCAGGAGGUGUUCAAGACUGAGGAGAAGCUCACUGAGUUUGCGUCUUUGCGUGUCAGGUACUUGCUCUACAUUCUGAAGGAAACCUUGGGCAUGAGGGAUCCGCACCCGCGACUGGCACUGUCUGAGUCCAUGACUGAGUGCUUGCUGCAGAUUUGCGAGGUGUCGCCCAACAAGUGGCACUUGAGCGACACAUUCCAGACAAUGGGUGUGUAUGACUCGAUGCAGUUUGCCAAAUUCUGGGCUGCUGACUGGGCUGUGUUGCUGGGCGGUUCAGAGAGCUACGAUGCAUUCUGCGAGGCUCUGCAGAAAAAGGUCGGAAAGACAGGCUUGGCAGAUGCUGCAGGCAAUGCCACGGACGCCUCGAAGAAUGGCGGCGGCAGCAGCGCGCAGGCAAGCGUGGCAGACAUGGCCAGAUUGUCGUGGCAGUCGUUCAAGAAGGUCGUAGAGGUCGCAAGAGAGGGAGCAGCAGAAGGUGACAAAGAUACGGCGCAAGGUGAAGCCGGGGGCCAGAAGGAGGGUGAGGGUGACGGUGAAGCCAGUGAUGCUGGCGAACGUGGCCAGAGCACGAGGAUUGGUAAAGGUGAAGGUGGGGAAGGUUUGUCUUCGGCGAUCGUGAAGUUGAGCAUGAUCAACAGCUACGCAGAUGAGGCCGUGGCAGCAGGCAUGUCUGCGCUGCGCGCCUCUGAGGAGGGCGAGAUCUUGAACCUGACGGCGUCUGACUUCAACUCUGUUAGUCUCAAGGUCAUGGAAAAAAAGUUGGAGAUUAUGCGGUGGCAAAUGUAUGAACAGUUGCAGGCCGGAUCUGAGAAGGUCUUGGUUGACUUGAGAGCCAAGAAGGACGGCUUCCAAGCACAGCUGCCUUUGAGUCCGGAGGACCUGUCGCUGCCGUACGGUGGGACUGUUUCACUUGCAAACCCUCAGAAGUCAGUGCUUUUCACUUCCCUGUUUGGGCUGAAGUUCUUCAUCCAGCCAAGACCGGAUGCGUUGGCAGCGGACGUGCUUGUCCCCGCGUGGGCAGCCAAGGUUGUCAGCAAAGCCUCUGAGUGCUUCUUCAACAACUCUUGCCGAAAGAGAUCCUUCUUGGUUUUGCGCAGCAUGGACGACAAUGGAAAGCUCCAGGCACUGCACCAGUUCGACUAUGUCUUGUUGCCAGAUGACGAGGACACAGGCGCGGAGGCAGACACCGAGAGGCAGCGGAUCAACACGCUCAAGGACAAGUGCUUGGCGG